AGUCUGGGAGAGGAGGUGGUGGUGGCUGAAAAAGCGAUAGCGUUUUCCCCGAAGGCCUCCGCCUGGGUCCCUCCCAGCCCCAGCUGGACCCUCCCUUCUCCCCCGAACGGCUGCUCGCUGGCUGCCCCGCCCUCUUAUGGGGAACACUUGACCGUGACUUCAUUUUCGCUUGCGCUUAGUGCAAAGGUUUUGGUUUGUUUGUUUGUUUGUUUGUUUGUUUGUUUCCCCCUUCUGGCCCUUGAUUUCAAUCGUGGGCUCGCCUCACCAUCCUCAGAUUCCAGAGCAAGGCAGAUUGCCCGUCCACUUGCCGGUCCCGCGGGCUCUCCCGUGCGCUUCCCUCUGUGCGCGCUGCCUGCUGCGGGCGAGACUGCGCAGGCUGCAGGGACGUGCGCCUGGCUACCCCCACCACGCUGCGGCUCCGGAGAAGACGAGGUCUGGCAGCUUGGAGCGCUGAGAACUGCAUCUAAUCAAGCUCAGCAAGUUCAAGAAAGAAUCCAUUUCUGUACAUGGCCAUCUGGCUCUUUGAAGCAAUGUCCCGUCAUGUGCCAUGCUGGUGAUGUCACAGGAUGCAAAGAGCUCAAUGUUAGCAUAUAGCCAGCCUACAAGAAGUCAUUCUGCUUGUGUUUUAAAUGGAUCAUUCUUUAUCCUGGAUUGUGUCAUAGGAAGUAUUCUGGAUGGAUGACUGCUGGAGACCCAUUGCUAUAGCCAGCUCUUCUUCAAUAUUUAAGGACUUAACCUGGCAUUGAGUAAUGAGAAUUUCGAAACCAUAUUUGAGAAGUACGUCCAUCCAGUGCUAUUUGUGUUUACUUCUAAACAGUCAUUUUUUAACUGAGGCUGGCAUUCAUGUCUUCAUUUUCAGCUGUAUCAGUGCAGGUCUUCCUAAAACAGAGGCAAACUGGCAGGAUGUAAUAAGUGAUUUGAAAAUGUUUGAAACUCUUAUUCAAUCUAUACAUAUUGAUGCCACUUUAUAUACUGAAAGUGAUGCUCAUCCCAAUUGCAAAGUAACAGCGAUGCACUGCUUUCUCCUUGAAUGGCAUGUUAUUGAGGAGGAGGCGAAUAACACGGCUAUUAGUGAGACAGUACACAACCUUUUGAUGCUAGCCAACAAGAGCUUAUCUUCUAAUGGGAAUAUAACUGAAUCGGGAUGCAAACAAUGUGAGGAACUGGAGGAAAAAAAUGUGAAAGAAUUUUUACGGAGUUUUGUACAUAUUGUGCAAAUGUUCAUCAAUACUUCCUGAUUGAACCUGGUCCUCUUCAGCAUUUCUGCUGUUAACAAACAUCUUCCCAUUGCUCACUGGCCAUGAAACAUUCUGCAUUUCAAACAUGCUGCCAGGACAUUUUUCUCAGCAAGAAGAUGAUCAGGAUCUUGGAUCAGACAAACUCUUAGAAAUGAAGACAGAAAAACGGCAUUGAGUAACAUAGUGCCUGUGAACUGUCCUCGGACUUAUUUUGUUCAUUUAGUUUUAAUUUAUUAUUGAAAGUGUACAUAUUUGUAACAUAAUAUAAAAAUGUUGAAUAAAAUCCCUUAUUCAAUGUUGAAUUCAAGUCCUUUGAAAUUGCACUGAUAUUUUUGACUUCCUAAAAGGAAACGGGACAUUUGUUCAAGGGUGGAUAGAUUAUUCACCAACUACAGAGGCUGAGCACGAGUGCUACAGGUAAACGGUUCACUCUAGCUUGUGUGGAACCACUGACUACUGGCUUUCAUUUACUUCGCCACUAUAUGUGUAGCACCCAGAAAAAGAGCUGACUGACAACCAAAGAGGAAAGGAGGAAGUAGGUGUGAAACCAGGGUUCUACUCUGUAACUUAGUUACUGACAUAUAAGGAACUGUUAGAAAUGAAAAAAAUUGCAAGUACUAGGCAGGUAGUGUGCAUCAGUAAAUCUUAGGCGGGGGUGGCACUAAAAGCCUUCCCUCAUAGGUAGAAUUGGGCAUAGAAAACCAAUGGUUGCAACAGUGUUUAUAUUUCAUGCUUUUCAUGUUCAGGUAUUUUAUUUUCACGUUCUUUUGCCAUGUUUGUAAAAUAAACUGCCGAUGUGUAAGAGUCAACAUUUUUUGUCAUAAAAUAAGCGUUUAUAUAAUUUUUCACAAUAUAUGAUCUAAAAUGUGCAAGCUCUCUUUUAAUGAAUUAUGACUGAAAUGAAAUAUUCUUGUCUUAUCACACAUGCCUUUCACCUAGUGCACUUCUGACAGCCGUCGCUGAGAGACAGGAGGUCGGAAUUGAUCUACGAAUUUGCUGUCUUCCCAUUUCACUGUUCAAACCUGUUCUCUUUUGAAAGCCUUUUAUUUCCCAGUGCCCCAUCCAUGCUUAUGUAUGUCAUUGUCCUCAUCAAUGGAUGCAUAAAAAUUUCUUUCAAGAUAGUUUUGGAGCAAUCUGUAUCUAAUUUGACUUUCAAAGAAUCACGUGUUGGCUGUUUGUUCCCUGAUCUCAGUCCAGACAAACAGUAUUUGGCAACCACAGUUUAAAAUUUAGGGAUUGGGAUUAUGGCAGUUGUAUGUUGUUUGUCUUUGUGUUCUUUUUUUUUUUUUUUUAAUUUCAUCUGAGAUGGAGUUUUUUAAAUUUAUCUUUUAUUGUUUUCCAUAGCUUUUCUAUUGAUGAGGAAUAGGAAAAAGGCACCAUUUCAAACUGUAACUUUCCAAUCCAAUCCUUAGACAAAAGUUAGCUUCCCUCCAGUGUUUGUGGGAUUGGGGAAGGAAAAUCAUAAUGGCAGUCACCUUGUCAGUAAUAUUUUAUAGUGACCAAUAAUCCAUUCUGGUUAAACACACAAGUGGGUUUAAAAUUUGGCGUUUUGUAGUCCUCAUUUUAGGAUUCCUCCCACAUUAGCUACUUAACAUGGAUCACUUUGGUUGACCUUAAGACACUCAAGGCAUAGAUAUGCAACUUCUUAAAACACUCUUAGCUAACUUAAGAAGCAAAGUAAUCAUGUAAAACAACCUGAAUUUUAUUUUUCAUGACUGCAUUCUUAACAAUAUCAGUCUUUCCUUUGUGUUUCAAAAUUUUCCCUUCUCAGGCUGUCCUCCCUAAUUAACCAGCCCAAUGUCCUUUUCUUAGACGAGGAUAUUAUGUUUAUGCCUCAUCUACUGCCCUAAAUCUGAAAGUGUUUGUCAUAUAUUACAUAUAAUAAAGAAAGAACAAAUCCAUAGGCUUAAAACCUGAAGUAGUAAAGGUAAGCCCAAUGAAAAUCAGGCUUACAGUUCAAGGUCACACUGAUGAAUUAUAUUCUUAUCUUUUCUUAAUUUCAGACACAGCAAAAGAUUUGUGAGAAAAUAUUAUUUCUAACCUCUCCCUGAAUAAGCAAAGGACUAGAAGGCUGAGGACAUGGAAAUGAACCAAGACAGAAUUAGUGAGCCCAGAGCUUUUUAAAACCCAGUCACAAGUGUAGUUUUAUAUACUCUCAUUCUUUAUCUUAGAACUGAGAAUUGAUGGAAUGAUUUUGUUUUGCUGCUGUUGCUGUUGUUGUGAGAGGAGCUUAUAUGUUUUGAUGUGCUACUGUUUAUAGCCAUCAAAGUCAAUGGCGCAUAAGGUCAAACUGACAUAUACAAUAUGAAAAUAAAGUAAUAUGAUUGAUGUCUCUCCUUCCUCUACACACAGAAAUACUACAGAAUGCAUUUUUGUUCCUUCAUCUGUAUUAUAUUGGGUUUCAUGUACACUUUCUGCAUUCCUAUGUGAGCCACGGUUCACAUACACAUGUCAUGUAUAAGUAUUUCACCCAAAGGAAAUCCCAUUUCCAUAGAGGUUUGGUGUAAUACUUCUGAGUGUGUUUGAUGACUGAAUUUUGUCUUCACUAAGGAAUUUAUUAUGCAAGGUGAACUUUGGUUUCAUUGAAAGAAUCUAUCAGAUGUGGGACACAGAAGAAAAAUGAAUGUAUCAUUA